AUGGUUAUCUUGUAUUUCACCAUACUAAAGCCUAAGAACCCCGAAAUAACUUCUCAGCCUGAAGUCCUUGAACACUUUGAAUUAAUGGUAUUACCAGCCAUAAAGCUAAAUGUUUCAUUAGGCAUAGUGGUCACGGUUAAUAAUCGUAACUAUGGAGGCUUCGAGUACCAAAACAGUACAGCUUAUGUUACUUAUCGUGGAGAUGUAGUGGCUGAAGCUCCAAUACAAGCUGACACAAUUCCGGCUCGUCGAGAACAUAAUAUAAGCACAACUGUGAUUGUUUUAGCAGAUAAGUUGCUAACAAAUCCGAAAUUUUUGGAUGAUUUUAAGUGGGGUCUAGGUACCUUGAAUUUUACUUCGGCAACCACCUUGCAUGGCAAGGCCAUCAUAUUGAAGGUAUUCAAGAAGAAAGCUACCAGUGAUUGCACAUGUGACACCUCUCUCUUCCUUGGAAACAUCAGCUCUCAUUCCGAUUGCAAAUCCACUGUGAAAUUUUGA